AUGUCGACCCCAGAACCUCCACAACCUCAAGGCGCGCCGUCACUGUCGGUGCCAGCCCAGAGGUUGUCGGCGAUGAGCUCGGCACAUAGCAGCGAGGCGUCCUUGCACCGUGUCAAGAACCAGCCAGGCUACAACACGCCCAUCUUCAAGGGCAAGGAGGAGCAACGCGCUCUCGUCGAGAAUGACGUCGCUGCCAAGGGCUUCAUCCCCCGCGAGCUCAUCGGCAACGAGGUCAACUGGUUCUACACAAACCUCGGUAUUGACGACACCUACUUCCAAAAUGAAUCGCGUGAAGUCAUCUCCGACCACAUUAUCGCGCUCUUCGCGGCCAAGAUCAUGGCGUACACCAAGCAUGACCCCUCGAAGCUUGUGAUCGAUCUCGAACGCAUCGACGAGAACGGGAACGGCGCGACUUUCAUUCAUACCAGUGCUCCCGGAUUGACGACUACCGAGGGCCCGGGUUCGGUCUGCGAAUCGAGAAUCGACGAGCUAUUCCUGAACAAUUCUACUCCAUCGAAGGCGUUCAGGCUCGAGACCUUCCGCUCGACCGGUUCCAUUUCGGCCACGGCAUCGCAGCAACUUCGUUGCUACUUCGUCACCAAAUGCAACUUCCCCAGCAAAUCCGCUGUAGUAGAGGGUCAGAAGACAGACAUUCGCUCAGUGUCAGAUUCGGCCUUCCUGGAUAGGGCGACGAAGAAUACAUUGGAUAUCUAUCAACAGGUUUUGUGGAAUGUCGAGUCAAGGCAUGGGCCUGUCAUCGAAGUAUUUGAAGUCGAGGGGACACGCGAAAGGAGGUUGGUGAUCGGAUACAAGAUGGGUGGAACGUCGAACUUCUUCAGCGCGCUGUCCAACCUCUACCACUUCUAUUCUUUGUAUUCAGCUCGCAAAUACGUCGAGCAAUUCUCGAACGGGAUCACCAUCAUCUCUCUGUAUCUCAACCCUCUCCCGAACAGCAACGCACCCCCCAUAGAACAUUCCAUUUUUCAAGUCAUGCGAGAGGCAUCUCUUCUGUUUUGCCUUCCCGACAAUCCAUUCUUCCUUCCCAAGUCACUAGGAAGCAAUGCAGUCCAGGAGGCGACGUAUGCUUAUUGCGGUUGGGUAUUCGCUCAACACUUCUGCAACCGUCUCGGCCCGGCGUACUUGCAGCUCAAGAACGUUCUCAACGAGAAUGAUCCUGCUCAUGCUGAGGUCUUGAACGACAUUAAGCGGAGAUUCAGGGAGGAGACCUUUACCCGAGAGAGCAUCGCUCAAACUAUCCAUGCUCAUCCCGAUUUGAUUCGUCAUUUGUAUGUCAACUUCGCAAUGACGCACUACCCUCCCUCGGAUGCCGCUUCGAAUUUGAUGCCGACACUGUCCUACCAACGGCUUCAAACAGCCCAACCACUCACAGAUGCUGAGUUGUACGACAAAAUUCGCCGCACCGUGCCCAACAAGCACGAGCUGCAGGUUCUGGAAAGCUUCCUCGUCUUCAACAAACACAUCCUGAAGACCAACUUUUAUCAACCCACCAAAGUGGCGCUCUCGUUCCGCCUUGCCCCUGACUUUUUGCCGGAGAUUGAAUACCCCAAAAAGCCCUACGGCAUGUUCUUCAUCAUUGGCAACGAGUUCAGAGGCUUCCACAUCCGGUUCCGCGAUGUUGCUCGCGGCGGCAUCCGUAUCGUCAUGUCGAGGAACAAGGAGAACUACUCCAUCAACCAGCGAAUGCUGUUCGACGAGAAUUAUAAUCUCGCAUCGACGCAAUCUUUGAAGAACAAGGAUAUCCCAGAAGGCGGAGCUAAGGGUACCAUCCUGCCUUCUUUAGGAGCCACGCCUAGGAGGUGCUUUGAGAAAUACGUCGACGCCGUCGUCGACCUUCUCAUUCCCGGACAGACCCCUGGAAUUAAAGAUUCUCUUGUCGAUCUCUACGGCAAGCCCGAGCUGCUCUUCUUCGGUCCGGAUGAGGGUACUGCUGACAUGAUGGACUGGGCUGCCUUGCAUGCUCGCUCUCGUGGUGCCGAGACAUGGUGGAAGUCGUUCACCACAGGCAAGAGCGCAGAGCACCUUGGUGGUGUACCACACGAUACUUACGGCAUGACAUCGCUGUCAAUUCGGCAAUACGUGCUUGGGCUCUAUAAGCAGCUCGGCCUGAGGGAGAAGGACAUUACGAAGGUGCAGACUGGUGGCCCUGACGGCGAUCUUGGCUCCAAUGAAAUCCUCCUCUCAUCAGACAAGACUGUCGCCGUUAUCGACGGCAGUGGUGUCCUUGCGGAUCCUGCUGGCCUUGAUCGAGCCGAGCUCAUGCGUCUAGCUAAAUUGCGUAUCCCCGUCAGCAAUUUCAACACUGCGAAGCUGAGCAAGGAUGGUUAUCUCGUCAAGGUCGAGGAUCAAGAUGUCAAGCUGCCUUCUGGCGAGAUCGUCCUCGAUGGUACUGACUUCCGCAACAGUGCCCAUCUCAGGUUCAAGGCCGAUUUGUUUGUACCCUGCGGUGGUCGACCUGAAGCCGUCAAUAUCUCGAACAUGGGUGCAUUCUUCGAUGCCGAUGGGAAACCCCACUUCAAGUACAUUGUCGAAGGCGCCAACUUGUUCCUUACCCAACAAGCCCGACUCCACCUCGAGAAGAGGAAGGUCAUCCUGUUCAAGGAUUCCAGCACCAACAAGGGUGGUGUGACCAGCUCCUCCCUCGAGGUCCUCGCCGGUCUCGCACUGUCGACCGAGGAGUACACCAACCUCAUGAUCUUCAAGGAUGGGAAGCCCAGCACGUUCUACCAGAGCUACGUCAAGGACAUCCAGGCCAAGAUCGCGGAGAACGCUGCGGCCGAGUUCAACUGCAUCUGGAAGGAGCACUCGCGCCUUCAGGGCACCAAGACCCGCACGGCCAUCUCGGAUGAGCUCUCGCAGACACUGAACAACCUCCAGGCCGAGCUCGAGAGUUCUGACCUCUUUGACGAUGUCCCGAGUCGCCAUGGCGUUAUGAGGCGGGCGAUUCCCAAGACCCUCGUUGACACGGUGGGAUUGGAUACUCUCCUGAAGAGGCUCCCUGUACCAUACCAGAAGGCCUUGUUCUCUAGCUGGGUUGCCUCUCGCUUCAUCUACAAGUACGGCGUGAAUGGUUCGAGUGUCGACUUCUUCCACUUCGCGCGCGACCUCGCUGGCGCUGCUUAG